GUUGUACGUAUACAGUCGGAAUAAUAUCGGCCCGUGCGCCGCGUGUCCUGUUCCUCGCGAUAACAGAUCUCCAUCUUUCCCCUUAGUGGACUGCUAUUUGAUGUGGGGUGACAGUGCAGACCCUUGGGGUUAGGACCGACAAUGGAUUCAUUUGCCAUUACAGAGGGUUUGGUUCCUCAGGACCAACAUAACAGCCAACCUGAAUCACCCAUAUCCAGCAAAUUGACCGAAGAGACCAACAAGUUCCAACGCGCCAUUUCAGCCUGGAGAGGAAUUGAUUUGGCAAACACUAUCGCAAAACUCGAUGCAACCGCUACGGAUCUCGUCGAACAACAACGCGAUGCACUCGUGCAAAGAAAGGACCUGGCGCAGAAGACAAAAGACUACAAGAAGCUAGAUGAUGAAUCUAAGCUCUCGGAAUAUAAAUCACUACUGAAAUCCUAUCAGUCCUUUAUCGAUCUCUUGACCAACCAAGGCAAGACGUCAUCGUCCUCAUUCUUGCAACUAUACUCUUCAUUAUCCGAGGCUCCGGACCCCUACCCACUCCUGGAAGCUUCUGUCGACUCCCUUGUCCUGUCCGAAGAUACAGUUCCCAAACUGACCUCAGAACGGGACCAAUUGCAGAAGUCGGUGGAUCGUCUCACCAGGCAACAAGAGGAGAUCGAGAAACGCUUGCAGGAGGAACGUGCUGCGCGGAAGAAACUAGAGGAAAACCAGGAAUCAAGAGCUAAGGAAAUCGAAGCAUCGUGGGAAGCUGUCUUAGCAGAAAAGACAAAUAACUGGGCGGCAAAGGAGAAGACUUUAGAAGAGAAAGUGGAAAACCAGGAUCGAUUGAUCAAGGAGCUCAAAGCAAGCUAUGAAGUCUCCCAGCGCCUGGGCGAGGGUGAGAACCAGGGUGAUGAGGGUUCGCGGAGUGGCGCUACUGCGGCUGAGCUCGAGCUCGUUUCUGCCGAUUUAGAGAAAACAAGCUUGAGAUUGGCUGAUGUGGAAGCACGCAAUGAACAAAUGCGGUUGGAGCUGGCUCAGGCUGCAUCACAUGCAUCUGGUCCAGUUUCUGUUGAGGAUGACCCCGAUUAUCUACGACUCCAGUCAGAGAACUCUUCCUUGCUUCGGAAACUGGAUGCCGCACGAUUUGACAAAGACUCGGAACGACACACCUGGGAAGCUAAACUGCUUCAGUCGGAGCGAACAGCUUCAAAGGCGGCGGUGGAAAGAGAAGAGUUGCGUGUACGGUUAGCAAAGGUAGCCGACUACGAUGAGAUCCGCCGGGAGCUAGAGAUGAUCAGGUCGAUUGAGUUUGCAGCCGGUGAUGACGAUGAGGCGGGAGACGGUGCUGGCGAUGUCACUGCGGUUGAUGCCAUUGGCGAGGGAGCCAAGUCCAAAGACAAGAACUCCCUGGAGCAACUACUUAUGGCCCGAAACAAGAAAUUGACGGAUGAUCUCACCCUCCUGCGAGUGUCGCACCGCGACAUCCAGGGGCAGCUCGAAGCACUACAAACUGAGCUUUUGACUUCGAAGGGAGAGCUGGAGAAGUCACGAACCCUGUCAACUACUCUUGAAAAUGACCUCCUUCGCGUGCAAGAUGAGGCUGUAAAUACAUUCCCGUCCACAGCGAUGUCUGUUGCAGGUACCUACACAUCAAGAUACCCCCACUCUACCCGUCGGGGCGCAUCAUCACCCACCUCAUCCAUCAUCUCUGGCUUUGACCAGAGUGCCGUGUCUGCAAACACCAUGGAAUCAAUCCGUGCAGGAGAAGCCGUUGGCGGCGGUUCCGGCCUCCUACCCAUGAUCCAAGCCCAACGAGACCGCUUCAAGAAGAAGAAUGCCGAACUCGAAGAAGAGCUGUCAAAGCUAUAUGCCACUGUCAAGUCCCUCCGACAGGAGGUUGCAUCGCUUCAAAAGGACAACCUGAGUCUCUACGAAAAGACUCGCUAUGUCUCGACCUAUAGUCGCGGUCAGGGUGCCUCCACAUCUGCAUCAUCGUUUGCAAACACCCCUAGCUCGACGUCAGUCUAUACCUCUGCAGAUACGCCUUCGGGUCUGUCACUCGACCGAUAUCAGAACGCCUACGAGGCUCGAAUCUCACCGUUUGCCGCGUUCCGGGGCCGUGAAUCAACACGGGCAUACAAACGCAUGAGCCUACCAGAGCGGAUUGUCUUUUCUCUCACUCGAGUCAUUCUUGCCAACCGGACGAGUCGGAACCUGUUCGCUGGUUACUGUUUUGCCCUUCAUCUUCUGCUUUUCACUGUGCUCUAUAUGAUGAGCACGACGGAGAUUGAGAAGCAUAGCGCUAUGGGCGCCGUCGGUAGCGCUGCUGCUGCUGCUUACGGUAGUAGCAGUGGGGCCGGAGACACGGGGAGUGGCGGUGGCCAGCUGCACGGUGAUGACUGGCAGCAGGAAGGUUUCAACUAA